UUUCGAAAUACGAAAAUAUUGAGCUGCAUUUUACUUGUUGUGAUGAUACUUGUGUCAUAGCAAGAGAAACUAGUGAAUCAAUCAGUUCUCUGCUUGAAUUGUUUUCAGCAUGGCUAAGAAACUUCAGCUAACGCUGGCCGUCUUGAAGCCGGACAUGAUGGUCAACCCAUUCCGUGCCAAGGCUGUCAAAGAGCAUAUCAUCAACAAUGGUUUCUUAAUCGUGCGCUCUCGCUUGGUCAAGUGGAAGGUGGAAGAUGCUGAGAAGUUUUAUGCCGAACACGAAGGCCGAUUCUUCCAUUCGCGUCUUCUUUGCAGCAUGACCAACAUGGUGAUGAACCCGUUGAUUCUUGCACAUCCGGAUGCCAUCAAGGCAUGGCGAGCUCUGAUGGGCCCGACCAAAGUGUUACGUGGUCUAGUGGAGCAGCCGAACACAAUGCGUACUAUGUAUGGAUUCACGGACACGCGUAAUGGACUGCACGGUGCAGAUUCGGAGGAGUCUGUUCGACGGGAGAUCCCAUUCUUCUUCAAGGACUUUGAUGUAGACAAAUGGAUUGCGGAAGAGGAGCAUCGCUACCGCGCUGAAACCCCAAGAUACGAUCCUCACCAAGGCGUGCAUACAUUUGAGCCACUCCCAAGUGCCGCGCAUAUCACGGGGAAGCUUGCAGAAACUGCCAAACCAGUAUCCUAAGGCACAGUGUCCUGCCCAUGCAAUCAUGACUUCAAGCUCACAGCCACACUGAUGCAGCAUCAGCAGCAGCAAUGGUAGUGUGUGCCCUGCAAUCCUCGCCCAUGCUCAAGCAACCGUGUCAGGUGCUUCAAGGUACCCACGCCGUGGACAGCUGAUACAGGAAAGGCCGAGAAAGCAAAAAAAACGUCACCUGCUCUUGGUAGGUCGACAGUGCUCUUGGCGCAGCACAUACCUGUUACGUGUACUAGACGGGUAUCACAUGCUCUUCUAGUGCCGGCGAGGGUCACACUCUCCACAGGAUUUGCCCAGCAAAGCUAAUCUUGCCAGCCCUGGCAGUCAACGUGUCAUUACUGGCCUGCUUUUGGCCAACACGGGCACAGAACUUCACAGACAUUAACCCUGUUUGGAUAUCAACUUGCUUUAUUCUGCUUGUCAUAUUAUAAUACAGCAUACCAGGCUGGAUGAAAACACUAUUGAAUGAAAAUGUAAAAAAAAUUAUUGACAAUGAAUUAUGGAGGAUUA